GAGCUUCGGUGAGUCGUUUACCAGAAACCACUCAGUGGAUUUACUAGGAAGCUAAGCUGUGUGCUAACAUGGCGUUUACAGACAGACAAACGAACACGAAGAACACAAAUAUUCGCCAUUAAACGGUGUCGUUUCUAUGUCUAUUUGAAGUCAACGGUGUUUUUAAGGCUCUGCUGACGUAAACAAAGCGUCACUGAGUGUGGCGUGAACAUUGUGGAAAUGGACGUGGGCUGUCAGAUCCUGGGGAAGCUGCAGAGAAGGAAGAAAUCACAGCUGAUGUCGUCUGUGAUCCUGCCUGGGCUGGAGGUGCACUUUUACCUGGCAGAUACGCAGCAGAUCAUCUACCUGAAAGGAUGUCACUCGGCUGAACAGCUGUGCACCGAAGCCGCCAAGAAGAUGGGUCUGUCUCCGUUAUGCAGCAGUCUGUUUUCUCUGUAUGAUGAAAAGAGCAGGAUUUGGUUUCCUCCGAAUCACGUGUUCCACGUAGACGAGACGACCAGGCUCAGGCUGCACUAUCGCAUGAGGUUUUAUUUCACUAACUGGCAUGGGGCGAAUAAAGACACUCCAGCUGUGGCGCGUCACAGCCUCAAAAACGUAGGAAACCAGGGGACGGCGCUCCUGGACUCGCCCUCACUUACCUACCUGUAUGCACAGAGUCAGUGUGAUUUUCAGAGCAGCUCGCUCACACUCCGCAGCUGUCAGAACGAGGAAGAAGUUCAGCACAUCGAGAACGAGUGUUUGGGAAUGGCCGUGAUGGCGAUUACCCAUGAUGCCAUGGGCAGAAACCUGCCUGCGCGGGAACUGUCUAAGAAAUUCAAGUUUAAGAACUAUAUCCCGGUGAGUCUGAAGCAAUCGAUCUCUCAGAGGAACCUGCUGACACGCCUGCGCAUCUCCAACGUCUUUAAGUCGUUCCUGGAAUCGUUCAACGACAACAUGGUGCUGAACAACAGCAUCAACAUACAGGACCUGAAGGUCAAGUACAUUUCCACGCUCGAGACUCUGACCGUCCACUUUGGCUGCGAGGUGUACGAGCCCUUGUCCUUCAGCAUCUACGAGAACGACCAGGUUCUCUCAGGACAUGUGGGCGGGGACGGCGCUCGGUGCAGAAUUCUCGUCUCCGGAACCGGAGGCAUUAAGUGGCAGAUCGUGUCUCCUGAGACCUGCCUGAACCAUAAGAGGACGAAGUCAAAGAAGAACAAAAAACAUCAGGAUCAGCAGAGCACCAUCAGGAAAGAUGAUCACUGGACCACGUUCUCGGAUUUCCACGAGAUUACACAUAUAGUCACCAAGGAGGCGGCGGUUACAGUUUACCAACAAGACAAUAGGAGGAUGGAAGUGCACUUCACUGGUCGUCCCAAGGCCCUGGCCUUCGCCAGCCUGAUAGACGGUUACUUCAGGCUGACUGUAGACGCACAUCACUACCUGUGCACUGAGGUCGCUCCAGACUACGUAGAAACCAACCUACGUGAGGGAUGUCACGGUCCUAUCAGCACAGAGUACGCUGUUCAUAAGCUGAAACAGGAAGGCUAUGAGGAGGGCAUGUACAUCCUGCGCUGGAGCUGUGCACAUUACGACCACAUCCUGCUCACUGUCAUCUGCAACGAGAGAGAUGUCUCCGGUGAGAUCAUCAAGACCUUCAAGAACUUUCAGAUCGAGAGGACGGAUGGAGGAUUUCGUCUGUGUGGGACGGACGUGGAGAAGCCGACCCUGAGGGAGCUGACUGACCGGCUGUGUGGUCACUGUCUGAGUACGGACAACAUCACCCUGAAACUGGGACGAGGUUGUCCUCCUCAGCCUCGAGAGCUGUCUAAUCUCCUGGUGUUGACCAGACCAGACUCCACAACUCCACCCUCACUGAGCAGCCAGCUGGUGUUCCAACGAAUUAACAAAGAGGACAUCGUACAGGACAAGCAUCUGGGGAAAGGAACUCAUACGAACAUUUAUUCAGGCACGCUGACUCUAAAGGGCGAUGAGGACAAUCUGAUCAGCUUCAGCACUGAGGACAUUCCUGUGGUCCUGAAGGUGAUCGGAGCAGGACAUAAGGACGUUUCAGUCUUUUUGGAAACCGUAAGUCAGAUGCGUCACAUCUCACACAAAAACAUGACACGUCUGUACGGCAUCUGCAUGCACAGCAUGGACAUCAUCAUGGUGGAGGAGUUUGUGCAGCACGGGCCUCUGGAUCUGUUCAUGCGUGCUCAUCACGCCAAUCUCACGCCGUCCUGGAAGUUUCAGGUCGCCGAGCAGCUCGCUAGCAUCCUCAGCUAUCUGGAGGACAAGAAGCUCGUCCAUGGCUACGUGUGCACAAAGAACAUCCUGCUAGCAAAAGACGGUCUGAAUGGACAACAAGCUCCGUUCAUAAAGCUCAGCAACCCAGGAGUCUCUAUCACUACGCUCAACCGAGAAGAGUGUAUCGAUAGGAUCCCGUGGAUCGCCCCAGAGUGUGUGAAGAACCUUAAAGCACAGAACGUGGCUGCAGAUAAGUGGGGCUUUGGGACGACGCUGUGGGAGAUCUGCUACAAUGGAGAAGUGCCACUCAGGGACAAGAAACGUGCUGAGAAGGAAUGGUUCUAUGAAGCCAAGGGCACGCUGGUGAUUCCUGACUGCAGCGAACUGGCCGAGCUCAUCACCCAGUGCAUGAACUACGACCCCAGGAAGCGACCGUUCUUCAGAGCCAUAGUGCGAGAACUGGACCACAUCAAGGAGCAGAACCCAGCGAUGGUCCCAGGCAAUGCUCCUGUGCAGGAGAUCGACCCCACGCUGUUCGAGAGCAGGUUCCUCAGGACCAUCCGGGACCUGGGAGAGGGUCACUUCGGGAAGGUGGAGCUGUGUCUGUACGACCCACACGGAGACCACAGCGGGCAGAUGGUCGCCGUCAAGUCACUGAAGUCAGAGAGCGAAGGACCUGAGACCAGCAACCUGAGGAGAGAAAUCAACACCAUGAGAGAGCUUUACCACAGCAACAUCGUCAAAUACAAAGGCAUCUGUACUGAAGAGGGUGGGAGAACCAUUAAGCUGAUCAUGGAGUAUCUCCCUGCUGGGAGUCUGAAGGACUAUUUGCCCCGACACAAAGCUCAGACAAGUCAACAGCGCCUGCUGCUCUACGCCAUCCAGAUCUGUCAGGGAAUGGAGUAUCUGGGCUCUCAGAACUACAUCCACAGAGACCUGGCGGCUCGUAACGUGCUGGUGGAGAGCGAGACGCUGGUGAAGAUCGGAGACUUUGGCCUGACCAAGAGCAUCAAAGACAACGAGGAGUACUACACGGUCAGGGAGGAGCAGGACAGCCCGGUGUACUGGUACGCUCCUGAGUGUCUGAUACACAGGAAGUUCUACAAAGCUUCAGACGUCUGGUCUUUCGGAGUCACGCUGUACGAGCUCAUGACCUACUGCGACCGCAAGCUGAGUCCUCCUGAGAUGUUCCUGAACACGAUCGGUCGAUCUCACGGUCAGAUGACGAUGGCGCGACUGGUGAAAUCUCUGGAAAAUGGCUGGAGGCUUUCCUGUCCUCCACAGUGCCCAGAUAUGGUGUACACACAGAUGCGGAGGUGCUGGGCUCACGCUCCGGAGGACCGAGUGGACUUUAAAGGCCUGAUCGAGGUGUUCGAGCGUCUCUUGUCCAGCGACGAGCUCGGUUUACUGCACAGCGGCUAAAGCGCUAACUAUUCUUAUAUGUCGCCUCCAGUUUUUUUUUUUUUUUUCCCUUCACUCGUUUUAAUAGAUCUUAAGACUUCUGAGCACUUAUAGAGUCAGAAUCAUGGACUGUUUGAAGAAAAAUUCUCCCUGAUGAACUUUUACAUUAGAUGUUUAAUUUGUUCGGACGGAACGAUCCGUCGUACCUUUAAGGCGGUUUCUCUACAGCACGUCACGACAGAAUCAGACCCGGUUGCUGAGGUUUUAUGUAAACAACAUGGUGUGUUAAGUCAUAACUGUGCACAAAGACAAGUUCCUGAACACAGUCCGGUUUAUCGGUUCCUUUCUGAACAGAUUUCUGUCUGAACACAUUACUGGAUACGUAUUAAUGACGCCGUCAGACACAUCCAGGAAGAAAGUGCUGAUGUUUCUCUGUGUGAGUGACGUCAGGGUCGAACACGUAAUACACGAGCGCUGACGUUAAACGUAUUAUAUUUGUGAACGUUUGUGACGUUAUUAACACACCAUAUAGCUGUAGUUCACUUACAAGGCGUCGAGCUUCAUUGCCUCUGUUUCCAUUUUGCCUUUAAAUCUAUUUGUUAUGUUUUAGAUCUAUUCUAAAGCUCUAUCAUUUUUAUCCUCUGCACAGAAUCGGCUCAGCAGGUAAAAGCCAGCGAUCUGGACAAUGAUUAUAAUUAUAAUAAUAAUAAUAAAUAGUCAAACAUGGGCUUUCGGUUUGGUGCUUUGUUUUUGACGUCUUUGUCAAAUUCAUUCGAACAUUAUUAAAAUUCUCUUUUUAUUUCA